GAUGCUUGAAAGUGGGCCACAUGAGUAAAGAGUGUAGAAGUCGUCUGACCUGUGAUGAAUGCAAUCUGAAACAUCCAACUAUUUUGCACAUCUACAAUAAGGACAAGAUAACUAAGACACAGGAAGUAGAAGUAAAUAACGCACUGGUGUCGCUGCAGGCAUGUGGUUGUACUGGGGCCGGAGAUCAACAUUGUACUCUUUCCAUCAUUCCUGUACAGGUGAAAGCUAAGAAAGGACACAAGGUGCUCAGAACAUAUGCCUUCUUGGACCCUGGAAGUACAGCAACAUUUUGUACUAACAGGUUUUUGAAGAAGUUGAAUCUGCAGGGUAAAAGGACCAACAUUCUACUACGCACCAUGGGCCAAGAGAAGGUUGUUGAAAGUCAAGUUGUUCCAGGUCUAGAGGUGUCCAAAUUGGGUGGCAGCCAGUUCUUGGACCUCCCGGAGGUAUACACACAGGACGCAAUUCCAGUGUCAAAGAGCAACAUUCCUAACCAGCAAGACCUUGAGAAAUGGGAAUAUUUGAGAGAUGUUAAAAUUCCAGAAUUGGAUGCAGAUGUUGAAAUCUUGAUUGGGACCAAUGCACCAAAAUUGAUGGAGCCUUGGGAAAUUGUUAACAGCGAAGGUGGUGGACCCUACGCCGUGAGGACCCUAUUGGGGUGGGUCAUCAACGGUCCAUUGAGAGGCAAUAGUGGAUGUUGCAAGAGUAGCUGCUCAACCGUCUAUGCCAAUAGGAUAUCCAUAACCAGGCUGGAGGAGAUGUUGGUUUAUCAGUACAACCAAGACUUUAAUGAGAAGUCAUUGGAGGAGAGGCAGGAGAUGUCAAGGGAAGACUUGAGGUUCAUGGAGGUCCUUGAGAAGUCUACACACUUGCAAGGAGGUCAUUACUGCAUGGAUUUACCCUUCAAGACUGAUGACAUCACCAUGCCAAAUAACCGGUGCAUAGUGGAACAGCGUGUUAACUGUCUAAAAAGAAAGUUUGAAAGGAACAAAUCUUAUCAGGAGGAGUAUACAGCGUUUCUCUCACAGAUGAUUGACAGCGGAUAUGCUGAAGUGGUGCCUAAAGACCAGCUGGAUUGUACAGAAGGCCAUGUGUGGUAUCUACCUCAUCAUGGGGUGUAUCACCCAAGAAAGAAGUCUCUAAGGGUGGUUUUUGACUGUGGAGCUGGAUUUAAAGGAACAUCCUUGAAUUAUCAGUUGUUGCAAGGUCCUGACUUUACCAAUUCACUUUUUGGCGUUUUAACAAGAUUCAGACAGGAGAGUGUUGCCCUGAUGACCGAUGUCCAGGCUAUGUUUCAUCAAGUGAGGGUGUCGAAAAGACACGUGGAUUUCCUUCGUUUUCUAUGGUGGCCAGAGGGAGAUACGACACAAAGCCCACUGGAACAUAGAAUGAAGGUGCACAUCUUUGGAGCUGUCUCGUCACCGAGCUGUGCAAGCUACGCUUUAAGGAGAACUGCGGCAGACAACAAGGACAACUUUCAAGCUGAAGUGAUUGAGACCAUAUACAACAACUUUUAUGUGGAUGACUGUCUAAAGUCAUUGCCUUCAGAGAAGGAGGCUAUAAAGUUGGUUGCGGAUCUCACCGAGUUGUGCUCAAAGGGAGGGUUUCGACUGCUCAAAUGGACAAGUAACAGUCGGGCCGUGUUGUCGUCCAUUCCUGAAGAAAAGCGAUCCAAAACAACUAGGCAGCUGCACCUGGAACAAGACCGGCUACCCAUGGAGAUGGCACUUGGACUGAAUUGGUGUGCUGAAAGUGACACUUUUACAUUUAAACCUGCAGUGGAAAGACGGCCACAUACUAGACGCGGAAUUCUAUCAAUCGUUGGUUCCAUAUAUGACCCAUUGGGUUUUUUAUCUCCUUUGACCUUGCUGCCAAAGUUGCUGUUGCAAGAAAUGUGCCGAAAAAACUUGUCUUGGGAUGAGCCCAUACCACAGACACUUUUACAACAGUGGACCGGAUGGCUGUCGGACUUGGAGAAGGUGGCGAAGCUUAAGGUGAGCCGCUGUAUCAAGCCAAAGGGCUUUGGAAGAUCUGCCAGUGCACAGCUACAUCAUUUUGCUGAUGCUAGCAGCUAUGGUUAUGGCACAGUGUCAUAUCUAAGGCUGGUGAGUCAAGAGGAGCGAGUGCAUGUUGCCUUUAUGUUGGGUAAAGCCAGGGUUGCGCCAUUAAAACAGACAACUAUCCCUCGUCUUGAGCUCACGGCUGCAGUGUUGGCGGUUAAGGUCGAUAGGAUGUUGAAGAAGGAGCUGUUGCUGCAAUUGGAGGAGUCACACUUCUGGACAGACAGUCAGACUGUGUUGAAAUACAUCAACAAUGAAACAAAACGCUUUCAUACCUUUGUUGCUAACAGAGUGGCUGCAAUACGGGAAGCAACAAAUCUCAGUCAGUGGAAGUAUAUCAGCUCCAAGAACAAUCCCGCUGAUGAAGCCUCCAGGGGUCUGAGUGUGGAUAACUUUCUUGCCUGUAAGAGGUGGUUGGAGGGUCCUGACUUUCUCCAAAGACCGGAAAUGGAUUGGCCAAGACCUUUGGAGCCGCAGCCCAUCUCCUCAGACGACCCAGAGGUAAAAAGGGACGUCCUGGUAAAUAUGAUUACACACACAGAAGAUGCGACCUCUAAGCUCAUGACUUACUUUUCUGACUGGUCUAAACUUAAAAUCUCUGUAGCUUGGUACUUAAGGCUCAAAUCUAUUCUUUUGGAGCUGAGCAGAGAGAGGAAGUUGAUUCUGGCUUCUUUAGAUCUUACUGGCUCAUCUUUGGAGGAGAGGAUGAGAGAGGUUAGAGGAGCAAUUGGCAAACAACCACUUUCUGUGAGUGAGCUCUCUAAAGCCGAAGCUGCUAUCAUACAUUUCAGUCAGCAAGUAACAUUUCAGGAAGAAAUCUCAAUGUUGAAAAGUGGAGCAUCUUUUGUGAAGAAAACAAGCAACAUUUACAAAUUAGAUCCAGUGCUCAGUGACAAUUUGUUGAGAGUAGGUGGAAGACUGGGCCGUGCAGCUUUGCCUGAAGAGCUCAAGCAUCCUGCGAUUCUCUGUAAGGGGCAACAUAUAUCCAGUCUUAUUCUGCGGUCCAUACAUCAACAGCUUGGGCAUGCUGGACGGAACCAUAUGCUCUCGACUUUGCGGCGCAAGUAUUGGGUUACUAACGCCAACUCUGCUUGCCGGAGAAUAAUAUCUGAGUGUGUGGUCUGUAGAAGGCAUCGCGGACAGCCAAGUGAGCAGAAGAUGGCUGAUUUACCCAGUGAAAGAAUAAGUCCAGAUCUGCCUCCCUUCACCAACGUCGGGGUGGAUUAUUUCGGACCCAUUGAAGUCAAGAGGGGGCGUGCUAUGGCCAAAAGAUAUGGGGUCAUCUUCACCUGUAUGGCCAGUAGAGCUGUGCAUUUGGAGGUUGCUUACACUCUGACCACGGAUUCUUGUGUCAAUGCUAUUAGGAGAUUCAUUUGUCGAAGAGGUCAGAUCUGCAGUUUAAGAUCGGACAAUGGUACCAACUUUGUUGGUGCAGAGCGAGAGUUAAGAGAAGCUUUAGCAGCUAUUGAUUACAGCAAGAUUCAUGGUGCUCUCAUAAAAAGGGGCAUCGAUUGGAUUUUUAACACCCCGGCUGCAUCACAUCAUGGCGGCGUUUGGGAGCGCCUCAUUAAGAUAGUCAAGCGAGUUCUGUAUUCUGUUCUGCAGCAACAGUCUUUGGAUGAUGAAAGCUUCCAUACCAUUCUGUGUGAGGUGGAAGCCAUUCUGAAUGACCGUCCGAUAACCAAGGUGUCUGACGAUGUUAACGACUUGGAAGCGCUCACACCCAACCACAUCCUUUUGCUGAAAGGAAAACCUGUUCUUGCCCCUGGAAUCUUUCAAGAGAAUGAUCUUUACAUUAGAAGACGAUGGAGACAAGUUCAGUAUCUUUCAACUUUGUUCUGGAAAAGGUGGAUAAGGGAGUACCUGCCGCUGUUACAGGAACGGCAAAAGUGGGCGAGGCCGCGAAGAAGUUUUGAAAUGGGAGACAUUGUAAUCAUUAUGGAUCACACUGCUCCGCGUGGAUCAUGGAUUAUGGGAAGAGUGACAAAGACUUACCCAGAUAAGAAGGGCUUCAUACGUGCCGUGCAGUUGAAGACUAAGACAGGGCAGUUGGAGCGCCCUAUUUCCAAGCUUUUCCUGUUGCAAGAAGCUGUGUAAUGGUCAUGACCCAACGCUGGUUAACAUCCAAUCCAGAAGAAAGA